UAUAACAACGAUAAUAGCCCCGCCUUCCUACUACCUUCACCACUUCAUUUAAAUGAUCGCCCCGCCCCUUUCACGCUUCAUCACAACCGCCAGCUUUCAGCGGCUUCAGCUAAACGCCUUCAACCGUUCAUACGGUCCGCCGCUCACCGGAUUACACCGAUAUAUGGCUCAAACCACCACUGUUAUCUCUCAUAUCGGUGCUCGUGUUACUUUGUAAAAAUUCCGCCGAAAAAGAGAAGACGGUUUCCCUCAGAUGCUCGCGAUUUCUCCCGUGUGUACGUGAACUACGAGAACAGCUUAGGGACUUCUGUGUACCGUGAGCAGUUUGAUUUCAACGCGGAGCCCCCUUGGGAUCCUAGCUGAUAGCUGGAGAGGUCGACUUCUGGCCUGUUCCUUGAUAUCACUAGGACCCAAGAGCUCUGAGGGCUCCCCUUUCUAGGUGACCAUCAGAUCACGGAUGAGUAUGAAGGGAUCUCUGGAUGAGCUGCAUUAUUCUGUUGAGCUGCUGGAGGGAAGCGCAGCUCUGCGAGAUGUGAUCGAUAAACACAUCUAUGAUCAGACUUUUGCACUGAAGAGUGCUUUUUUUGCUGCUGAUCUGGGGGUGAUCGUGCAGCAGCAGGUUCGCUGGAGAAAUAAAAUGGACCAAAUUCGGCCUUUCUACACCGUUAAGAGCAACAGCAGCCCUGUAGUUGUUGAACUCCUGGCUGCUCUUGGAACUGGCUUCAUUUGUUCAAACAAGCAUGAGCUGGACUUGGUGAAGGGCUUUGGUGUCCCGUCUCAGGACAUUAUUCUGGGCGGCACAUGCAAACAGCUCUCUCAUAUCAAAUAUGCAGCCAAACACAACAUCCCGCUCCUGGUUUGUGAUAAUGAGGCAGAGAUGAGGAAGAUUGCACGAUGCCAUCCUAAAGCAAAGGUGUUGCUGCUGUUGACGUCUGAGAGCUGCUGUGAGAAAGAGGAGAUGGCCAUACCGUUCGGCUCUACACUGAAGGACUGCAGGCGUCUGCUGGAGUGUGCUGCUGGAGAACUUCAUCUGCACGUCACUGGAGUCAAAUUCAACAUUCCCAGCUGCUGUCAGGAAGCAGAAGCGUUCUCUCGUGCUGUUUCUGAGGCCCGCUGUGUCUUUGAUAUGGGGGAGGAGCUGGGCUUUGAGAUGAAUAUUCUGGACAUUGGAGGUGGUUUUGAUGGAAGUGAGGAACAAUUAGACAAGGUUAACCAGAUGCUGAAACCCAUGCUGGACAUGUAUUUUCCUCGGUCGACUGGCUUGUCAAUCAUUGCUGAACCUGGAGCUUAUUACGUGUCUUCUGCCUUCACGCUGGCCGUGAAUAUAAUCGAUAAGAAGACAGUGGCUCGGGACUGCAGUGCACAGUCGCACGAUGCACUGUCUGCAAACGAUGAGCCAGAGUUUCUCUACUACAUGAACGAUGGUGUUUAUGGCUCUUUUGCCAGUAAACUGCUGUGUGACGAUUCGGUAGCAACACCUUUGGCACACAAAUGUGUGAGCGCAGACGAGCCGCUGUUCUCCAGCAGUCUGUGGGGUCCGUCUGAUGAUGAUCUGGAUCAGGUGAUGGAGCGAUGUCUGCUGCCCGAGCUCAGUGUUGGAGAUUGGCUGCUGUUCAGAAACGCAGGAGCCAGCGCUCUGGGGUCUGCAUUCAGUCACGGAGACCAACACAAACCACCCGUCUUCUACAGCAUCACUGAAUAUGACUGGCAACAGAUCCACAAUUGUGGCGUGACUGUUGAUGUGAGGAUGAAGAACUUCUCUCUGGUACCGUGUUGCCUGAAACCAAACAUGUCUGGAGCGUCCAUUUCUACUCCUGCUUAACAAAAAAGCACUUAUUUACAUUAUUUUGAGUGACUUGAAGCGCUUAAAAGCCUGAAAUGAAGCUUUUUCAGUUGCUUCUCAGGUGUUUUGCUGGGACCAGAGUUGAAGAAGGAGAGCUAUUGAGCAGAACAGCUUGAUAGCCGGCACAACUGAUGGAUAUACAGCAAAUAGGUGCGACUAGCUUUAACAACUGGGCCAGUUGGCGUUUACAAAUAUACUGAAUUAUAUUUAAGUCUGUUUUAUAAAUGUGUACAUAUACAUUGCAUAUGAUAUUCGCUCCUACUAAUUGAAUCAAUCGUGUUACCCUACAGGGGAAGUUAUUUAUUAGACCUCAAGUCUUGUCAUCAUCAGAUGCUUUUAAACAAACGUGCACUUAUUUUUUCUUUUUGUAUUAAGUAGGAUGUUUAGACUGGAUAAUUCUGAUCUUCAUCCUAUUUGAACGGUGGAAAAUUUGUAAGCUUUUCUCAUGUUGAUAUUGUCUGGCCAAAAUGCUCAAAUACGCAACAGCAAGUGUCCGCUCUAGUUGUACAUAUUAGCACAUGCUUGCAUUGCAUUUAAAAGUCUGUGUCAAGCAGAAGUUGCUGCAGACUUCAGGAUGAAUUUGACGUAUUUACAACUGAACUGGAAUAUUAAGUAGGGGGUGGGGUUUUACGUUUGUGCUCCGCCUUUUAUAUUUGUCUCACCGCAAUCUAACAUAGAUAUAUAUACACACACUAGAUAUCGCAUACGGACUGAGUAUGCGUCAAUAGCGCCGCCAUAUUUGUACAGUGCUCCCUGGACAAGUGUCAUUCAGCCAAACUGGUCAAGACAGUGUUACUAGGUGAAGAUGCUGGACUUUAGCGCUGUGUACGGGUGUAGUAACGAGCAAACAAAGAAAACAAAGCAUAAAGGCAGAACAUUUCAUAGGUGAGAUUUAGUUUUUUACAUUUUUGUAUGUUAUUAACUUUUGAACAGGUAACGUUAUUGAUGAUACAGUCACCUACUGCAUUCACCAUAAGGCAAAGUAGCACCAACUCGCACUAAACACUCGGCUUAUGCUCGUUUUGUUGAAUAAAAUCAGCAAACAAUGCUAAAGAAAUAUGACAACGAGAUGCUACAGUGCCGGAAACUUGUAUUAUUGUCGGCUAAGGGAAGGAGUCGUUCAUAACGGAGAUUCAUUCACAAACGAAUCGCUCCCUCUGUCAGUAUGAGCAGUAAAAGCAGGAGAGGAGGAGUGUUUCAGGACACAGAUUAGAUCAGAUUUAACAGGGAGGGUGUAUAGUACAUCUCUGUACACACAAACACAAGCUUUAGUCAGGAAUGCCUGAGCCAUCACUAAUCCAUCAAUGUAGAAAAGUGAUGUAAAAUUAUAAGUUUCAUAAUUUAUAAAAUAAUUGCAUACUGACCUCUGUGGAAACUCCCAAUCAUGUGUAUAUGUGUAUUUUUCUGGCUCUGGAUGGCCACAGUCCUCCACUGCAGCUUGGUCCCGCAUUCAUUUCAAAGGAGCGCUACCCUGUACUAAAAUGGCGGCUCUAUUGACGCAUUCCUUCCAAUAGACAAACACAGGGUAGGUGACAUCUAAUGUAUAUGUCUAUGGCAAUCUAAUGGUUGUAGGGGUGUGGCUAAGCAUAUUUCGACCAAUCAGAGUCAUCAGAAAAAGACCGCUGUUCCAGAGUGGAAGCAGAUGGUCAGAAUUUAAUUAAAGAUUAUUUUUCUCUCCAUUAACAUAGAUUAACGGUUCACUUUAAAGGGAUAGUUCACCCAAUAACUAAACAUUCUGUCGUUAUUUAUGCUUCCGUUUUCUUGCUUCAAAAAUGUCUGGCUUUCUUCUCUUCUGUUGAACACCAAAGAAGAUACUUUGAAGAAUGCAAGAUUAUUUAUAUAGCACAUUUCAUACACAGUGGCAAUUCAAAGUGCUUUACAUAAACAGGAACAAAAGAGACAAGUAUAAAUAAAAUAGAAACAAAUAAUACAAAAAUAAAUGAAAACAGCGUUUUUCCAUAUUCCAAAACCCCGCUGUAUCAUAUUUUGUCAUUUUACUCUGGGACUUCCCCAUUCUGGUGAUCGUCCGCCCACUGACGUCUCCAACAGAUUUGAUUUUUCACCUAAAAUCGAAAAGUUUUACAGCUCUAAUUACCCCCAAUUUCAAUUAUUAUGAUUAUUAUUAAGUAGGAUAUUGUUUAUUUAUUUAAAAAAAUUAAAGUCUACUUUUACAAUUUGACACAUGCAAACCACUGCAGAAAUGUUCCAAUCAACAGGCCCAUGUCAUGGUGAGGGAGGUGUCGCAGAUGCCGCCUUCUCCAAUCUGUCACCCUAGGCUAGGAUAUAACUGAGGAAAGUGGACAACAUUGAUUCCAAAGCAGGAAAAACAAAUACUAUGGAAGUAAAUGUUUUAAACUUUCUUCAAAGUAUCUUCUUUUGUGUUCAACAGAAGCUAGAAACUCAUAAAGGUUUGGAAUCAAUUGAGGCAGAGUAAAUAGUGAGAAUUGUCAUUUCAGUAAAUUAUUCAGUUAUCUACUGUCCCUUUAAGACCAACAUUAUGCACUAGCUAAAUAAACAUUGUAAAUUUUGAACCAUGUGGACUUUCAAGGGGACCUAUUAUGCAAAAAUCACUUUUAUAAGGGGUUUAAACACAGUUGUGUGGAAACGGUGUCUGAAUUCAAGCAGCUUCUAAUGGUAAAAAUGUAUUAAUUGUAUUUUUUAUAAUCACACGUGAUUAAAAACUGUCUGCAGAAACACUUUGAUCGACAUUCUCCCUUUGUAGCUGUCAUCAGAAGGGGAAAGCUCCGCCCACUAGUGAUUAUCUCUCUCCCUCAUUAGCAUAAACAGCCCUGAGCGAGAAGCAUCCGUCUGCUAGUCGUUUUGAAUCUGCCGCUAUGCUGAGACACAGGCAUUUGUAGCUCCGCCCUCUUUUGAAAAAGAGCACAAUCUCAUUUGAAUUUAAAGCGACAGUCACCAAAACACCACAAUUAGGAUCAAAGCCUGAAAGGGUCAGUUUCAGAGAGUUAGAAAACAUUGUGUGUGGUAUUUUGAGCUGAAACUUCACACACACACUCUAUGGACAUCAGAGACUCAUUUUAUACCUUGUAAAAAGUAAUAGGUCCCCUUUAAGAAAAGAUGCAUGCAGUGCUACAUGUAAUUGACCUUAUGCAUCAAGCAUUUUAAAGCUCGCCCAAAAACUCCAGUGAUCGUUUAAUGUGAAUUUAUCUUCAGUUUCAUGAAGUUUCUUUAACAGUGUUGAUCAUGUAGCCAUAGUAUUGAUCGUGUAACAUUACAAUUGUGACUCAUUGGAUGCAAAUGCGGCUUUAUUCACAAAUGCUUUAUGAGAUGUUCCUGUUUUGAGCAUAAAUCUAAACGAAAACGCAGCGAGAGAGCAUUAUUUCAGCAUUACAUGUGUUGUGUGCACUGCAGGACGCCUCUGAUAUUGUGAAGUGUGUCUGAGAAUGUGUUGGAGAGGGUUGGAGCAGGUGAUGCCGCUGGAGGAAGUGAUUUUGUGUCUUUUCUGGAAAGAUUCAGGCAAGUGAUGUGGUUUCUGGCCCAGUUUAGUCAAGAAGCCACGCUGAAAGAGUCAUGUGUGUGUGAUGAAAUGCUUGUUCAGUGUCCUGUUAUAAACUAUAGACUGUUUACAGCAUUUACCUUGAAUUGACAACGUGUCCUGCUGUCAAUAAAAUGGUAUCAAGUGAUCAAA